AAACUGUCAACACUCCCUUCUCUGCUGCCAUGAGAGCCAAACUUGAGAUCCUCGCUUUGGUCCUGGGCAGCUUGGGAAUAAUUGGAAUAAUCGCCAUCACCGCGAUGCCGCAAUGGAGAGUUUCGGCUUUUAUCGGCGCAAACCUAAUUGUCAUGGAAGACAGAUGGGAGGGGCUAUGGAUGAACUGCUUCAAACAAAUUGAUCGGAUGCAAUGCAAAGUUUAUGAUUCUUUGUUAAUCUUACCAGUGGAGCUCCAAGCUUCUAGAGGCCUAAUGUGUGCAUCAAUAGUGCUAGCUGUCAUCGCGUUCAUCAUUACUAUAUCUGGAAGUGAGGUGACUUCGUGCUGCAUUGACCACCUGGAGGCUAAAACGACGACACUAGCUACUGGAGGAGUUUUCUUCCUGCUAGCGUGCCUGACAACGCUAAUACCGGUGUGCUGGGUAGCACACACAGUUAUACGGGACUUCAACAACCCAAUACUUAUGGAUGCACAGAGGAGGGAACUAGGAGCAGCGCUAUAUGUGGGGUGGGCGACCGCGGGAAUCUUACUUACGACUGGAGUGAUUCUCCUGCUGCGAUUCUGCCAGAGGAGGGGCGAGGAGAAGGGAGGGCUGUAUCCGGGCGAGUAUGCUCUAGUACCUACAGCGGGCAGUGUGUACCUGAACAGGGUGCCGUCGAGCACUCAUAAGACCAUGGAGUAUGUGUGAAGACUUCUUUAAAAGUAUACUCAAAAUGUACUUUAAAAAAUACUGUGUUGAUACUUUUGAACUGUUGUUUAAAUCAAGUAAAU